AUGGCAGUCUAUCACAGCGCCGAGGGCAGGAAAUUCUUUGUCCCGCUUGAGAAUAACCCUCAGGUCUUCACCAACUUAGCCCAUGAUCUAGGCAUGGACCCCAAACUCGAAUUCCAUGAUGUCUACUCCCUCGACGAACCUGAGCUUCUGGCCAUGGUGCCGCGCCCAGCACACGCUCUCAUCUUCAUCACGCCUUCUAACGCCUACCACGCCGUCGAGGCUGAAGACGUGGCCGCUGGUAAAAGAACGCCAGCUCCUCCUAAUCGGAAAACCUACGAGAUGGAAGGCUUCGAUGACCUCUGCCCGACGGACCAACCGGUCCUUUGGUUCCCCCAGACCAUCGGAAACGCCUGUGGCAUGGUGGCACUCGUCCAUGCCCUUCUCAACGGUUCGUUACGCCAGCGUCUCGUGCCGUCAUCACCACUAGCAGGACUCCUUGACGAAGCUCUCAAGCUGCCCUUACCCACUCAGCACGCGGACCUGCUGUAUAACUCAGCGGUUAUCGAGGAGGCGCACAGCAAGGCGGCAGCUAGAGGCGAUACAGCAGCACCGGACGCCCAGGAUCCGGUCGGAUAUCACUUCAUGGCUUUUGUGAAGGGGGCGGAUGAGAAUCUCUGGGGCCUGGACGGAAGCUUUGGUGGGAUGAUGUGCUACGGACCUGUGGGUGAGGGGGAGGAUAUGCUGAGCAGCAAGGUCUUGGACAUUGGGGUGCGGCGAUUCAUCAACGCCGGGGAGGGGAGCGCUGAGUUCAGUAUCAUUGCGCUAUCUGAGCAGGAAGUCUAG